AUGAAGAUUGUUUACAUCGGAAUCCUCCAAAAUGCCCAGCAACCCGCUGUGGAGCUCUGCGCUGAGCGCGAGCUGAGCAGCUACUCCCGUUUCACCCGCGGCAGCAUCAGCGAGUUCAUGACCAUGUUCAGCAAGACCGUGGCCGAGCGCACAAAACAGGGCCAGAGACAGGAUAUCCAAGAGCAGGACUUCACAUUCCACGUCUACGCCCGCACCCAAGGCAUCGCUGGCGUUAUCAUCAGCGAUAACGAGUACCCCUCGCUCGCCGCGCAUCAGAUCCUCUCCAAGGUCCUCGACGAGUUCCUGUCCCAGAAUCCCACCGCGGGCGCCUCGCGCAACCCGGUUUCCUUCCCCGCACUGAGGACCUACAUCACCACCUAUCAGAACCCGCAGGAAGUGGAUAGUAUCAUGAAGAUUCAGAAGGAGUUGGAUGAGACCAAGAUCGUGCUGCACAAGACCAUCGAGAGCGUUCUGGAACGAGGCGAGAAGAUCGACGACCUGGUCUCCAAGAGUGAGGGACUCAGCGCCCAGAGCAAGAUGUUCUACACGUCUGCGAAGAAGCAGAACUCCUGCUGUGUGAUUAUGUAA